AUGCCGUCCGCGAUACCCCUCCGCAGGGUACAACUGCCACUCCGGCGCUCACUAGCCCGUGGUGUCCUAUUGUCCUCCCGUCACAACUACGCCACUAUCCCACCGACUUCCGACCCCCAGCAACCGCAAUCUACCCUCACAACAACACCCACCACCACCGAUACCCCCAAGCCCCGCCCAAGCUACUUCAAAGACACCACCGUAGCCUCCUUCUCCGAAUUCCUCCCCUCCGCCCCCACCACGCCCCUCUCCGCGAGCGAAGCCUACGAACCCCGCACCGCAACCGUCGGACCCGAAGGACGCAAGCGCACCAUCACACGUCUCCCCGACUGGCUCAAGACCCCAAUCCCGGCCCCCGGUUCCAACGCCGGCUUCAGCAAGAUCAAAUCCGACCUACGCGGUCUCGGCCUACACACAGUCUGCGAAGAGGCGCGCUGCCCAAACAUCGGCGAGUGCUGGGGCGGCGGCAGCAAGGCGGCCGCGACGGCGACGAUCAUGCUGAUGGGCGAUACCUGCACGCGUGGGUGCCGCUUCUGCAGCGUCAAGACCAACCGCGCGCCGCCGCCGUUGGAUCCGCAUGAGCCGGAGAACACGGCGGAGGCGCUGGCGCGUUGGGGGCUGGGGUAUGUGGUGCUGACGAGUGUGGACCGGGAUGAUCUGGCGGAUGGUGGGGCGAGGCACUUUGCGGAAACGAUUCGGAGGAUUAAGACGAAGAAGCCGACUAUGUUGGUGGAGGCGUUGACGGGGGAUUUUAGGGGGGAUUUGGAUAUGGUGAAGGUGGUGGCGGAGAGUGGGCUGGAUGUGUAUGCGCAUAAUGUUGAGACGGUGGAGGGGUUGACGCCGUAUGUGCGUGAUCGGAGGGCUACGUUUCGGCAGAGUUUGAAGGUGCUGGAACAUGUGAAGGCGGUGAAGGGGAAGGAGGGGAUUAUUACCAAGACUAGCAUCAUGUUGGGCUUGGGUGAGCAGGAGGAGGAGAUUUGGGAGACGCUUAGGGAGUUGAGGAAGAUCGACGUCGAUGUGGUGACCUUUGGCCAGUACAUGCGGCCAACCAAGCGUCACCUCAAGGUUGAGCGCUACGUCACCCCAGAUGAGUUCGAGAUCUGGAGGCAGCGGGCUCUCGAUAUGGGUUUCCUGUACUGUGCCAGCGGCCCGCUGGUUCGCUCGUCAUACAAGGCCGGUGAGGCUUUUAUCGAGAACGUGCUGAGGAAGCGCGCCGGCGAGAAGGCCGCUGCAGCCAAUGCUGUCGGCCAGGCCGUGGCCGCCGAAGAGACCAGUAGCAAUAUUUUGUAA